AUGAUCGCUUCUCCGGCCCUCGCCAACUUGUGUCGGCCGCAGUCAACGUUCAAGCAGCCGACUACUACUCUGACUGAAACAAAAACAAAAAAGAAGCCCAUCUCUUCUUUGUCAAACCCCCAAAUCCAAGCCAGUCGAGUGGCAAAAUUCUUGUUUGCUGAGAAAGGGGUUCGAACCCUUGCCCGUUUCCGGAGAGGGUUGCUUGAAAGCGCUAUCCAGUGGAACACGCAAGUGCUCCAAAGAAAAUACCUUAAGUCCUCCGUCUUAGACCACUCGACCAUCUCAGCGAUUCUGCGAUGCAAAAGCAUUAUCGCCAAGGCGGGCCUUUGGUGUAUAGGUAAGCAUUUUUUUGGCAAUCCUUCUUCUACGCUCGGGCUCAAGGGACCACCGCAGCCAGACGAUCUCAGGAGCUUCUGGAAGGCGGUCAACUCGAAGGCACUGACAGCGAGGGAGAGGGAAGUUUGGUUCAAGCUGAUUCUCCGCUUCACCCCGACGCGCAAGCUCCAGCACGAGCAAAAGCAUGUCACUUCUCCCGCGUGCCUCGUGUGCGAAGCGCCGGUGGACGACACCGAUCACUACUUCUUCGGCUGCGUCGACUCGCGGAACGUCUGGACCGCGGCAAGGGGCGUGCUCUGCGACGCGCUCGGAUGCGACACGAUCGAGGACGCCGAGUACACGACACUACAACGACUCUUUGGCCUCCCCAAGCUCAAGGCCAAGCUCAGCGAACAGGAAGGCGCAGGCAGGACGAUCGAGAUCUUCACGGGGAUGGUCUUGGAGAUGAUCAGCAGUGGGAGAUGGAGGAUGCAGAAGCACGGGACGAGGAUGGAAAGCCUGGAGCGGAGGAGGGUGGUACUGGAGGAGAGGAUGAAGUUGAGGGCGGGAGGAGCAAGAGGCAGGCGAGGGCAGUAG